UCCGUCUAGUAAUAUUGUGAACCGUGGUUGUAGUUAAAGCAGUUAAAGUGAGGUUAUCUGUAUUUACGAUAACUCGCUGACGAAGAUACGCGUUUACAAAGAGGGGUUUUCAUCCUCCCGUCGACGCGACACACUUUCGGCGAGCAAGAAUGGACUUCCAGAAUCGGCCGGGCGGCAAAACCGGCGGUGGCGGCGUCGCCUCCUGGUCGGAGAGCAAUCGCGACCGCCGGGAGCGACUCCGUCAGCUCGCCCUGGAGACCAUCGACCUGAACAAGGAUCCGUAUUUCAUGAAAAAUCACCUGGGCUCGUACGAGUGCAAACUGUGUCUCACCCUGCACAAUAACGAAGGCAGCUACCUGGCGCACACGCAGGGUAAGAAGCACCAGGCCAAUCUGGCCAGGAGGGCCGCGAAGGAGGCCAAGGAAGCGCCGCAGACCCUCGCGCCGGAAAAGCCCCGGGUCGAGCCGAAGAAGUUCGUCAAGAUUGGUCGACCUGGUUACCGAGUCACCAAGCAACGCGAUCCGGAGUCCGGCCAGCAGAGUCUGCUGUUUCAAGUGGAUUAUCCGGAGGUGGCGGACAAUGUAAUACCACGACACAGGUUUAUGUCCGCCUACGAGCAAAGGGUUGAGCCACCGGAUCGCAAGUGGCAGUAUCUGCUGUUUGCGGCUGAGCCAUACGAGACUAUCGCUUUCAAAGUGCCUAGCAGGGAAGUGGAAAAGGCAGAAGGAAAGUUCUGGACUCAUUGGAAUAAGGACACAAAGCAGUUUUUCUUGCAGUUCGCAUUUAAGAACGAAAAACCGUCUGUAGGCAAAGUACCACCACCGCCGGUUCCCUUGAUAAGGCCAGGACUGGGUCCGAUGGUACCCGUACCACCGCCUCCGCCCAGGCCGCCAAUGUUCAAUCCAGUACCACCGCCGCCAGCUCUCUUGGCAACUGGAAUGCAAAUACCUCCUCCACCACCUCACUUAGCAUAAGAAAUCUGACGGAACGAGAUACAUCUAUCAUAAUGAACCUUCCUUUAAGAUAAUGUUGAGCUGUAUGCACAAUGAAAACCAACAGGCAACAGAAACGGGCAAUACUUAAAGAAUAGAUAUCCAACGCGUCGGAAAUUCUGUUCUUAUUGCAUUGCGGUUUUCAUUAUGCACAGGGCUUUACCGUUUAUAUC